ACAUACAUAUACAUACAUAUAUAUAUAUGUCCGGCGUUUAAUUCAGACUUACCGAUUAUUAUAAUUUCGUGCAUAAGAAUGAUCGCAGUAUUGGUUUAGAGAAAUAACGACGUCAGAAAAAAGUGACAGGGAUGCCGCUAACGAGUUUUCCGGCGGUGGUCGCGGCGGCGCUCUUGGCGGCGGCGGCGGCGGUGGGUGCGUUCGGGAAGAGCGUGACGUUAACUCUGGAGAGAGCGAGUCACGAGGGCUUUGAGCUGAGCCGAAUCAGACACCUCGACCGGGUUCGCCACGGCCGGUUCUUGCAGUCAAACGGCGUCGUUGAGUUCCCCGUCGGCGGCACUUAUAAUCCUUCACUCGUCGGGCUAUAUUAUACAAAAGUAAAAUUAGGGACUCCAUAUAAGGAAUUCUACGUGCAAAUAGACACAGGCAGUGAUGUGCUGUGGGUUAAUUGCAACCCCUGUUCUGGCUGCCCAAGAUCCUCUGGUCUUAAGGAGAUCACCUUGGAGUACUUCAAUCCAUCGGAUUCAUCGACGGCAUCGACGAUUUCAUGUUCCGACAAGCGAUGUUCAUUGGGGGGACAAUAUUCGGAAUCCUUAUGUUCCGGCCAGAAUCGAUGUGGGUUUAAGUUUCAAUACGGUGACGGGAGCGGAGCGUCGGGGUAUUAUGUUUCAGACACGGUGUAUUUGGACAGUGCCGUAGGGAACUCUGCAUCGAACUCCUCUACACCUAUUGUUUUCGGCUGUAGCACAACGCUGACGGGUGAUCUUACGAGGAAAGAAGGCGCCGUCGAUGGGAUAUUUGGAUUCGGACAGAACGGCUUGUCUGUGAUCACACAGCUUUCCUCACAGGGAAUUACACCUAAAGCUUUUUCUCAUUGCCUCAGCGGCCAAAACGGCGGAGGCGGCAUAUUGGUGCUCGGCCAGGCUGUCGAUCCGAGCAUCGUGUACACUCCGCUCGUCAAGGGGCAGUCACAUUACAACGUAAAUCUACAAAGCAUUUCCGUGAACGGACAAACACUAGAAAUCAGCCCGUCUGUAUUUGAAACAUCGGACAACACGGGAACCAUCAUAGAUUCCGGGACAACCUUAGCAUAUUUCGCAGACGGGGCUUAUGAUCCUAUAAUCACGGCAGUAAUGCAGAUAGUUUCACCAUCCACACAAACUAUUUCAUCCCCCAAUGGAGACCAGUGUUUUUUUACCACCUCCAGUGUCUCCGAGGUUUUUCCUAACAUCAGUCUCAACUUCGCUGGCGGUGCAUCAAUGGUGCUGAUGCCUCAGGAUUACCUUCUGGAGCAGCAUUCUAGAGUAGGUGUUUCAAUAUGGUGCAUUGCCAUUCAGAAAACCGAGGGCCAAGAGCUUACCAUUUUAGGAGACCUAGUUUUGAAAGAUAAGAUUGUUGUCUAUGAUUUAUCCGGGGAGAGGAUUGGAUGGGCAAAUUACGACUGUUCGUCGUCUAUAGAAGUAUCUACAAGCAACAGCAACACAACUCAGUCUGUAGACGCCGGGAAACUUGACAACGAAAACAACAGCUCAAGACUACGAUAUGGGCCGUAUAUGCUAAUACAUAACAUAGCCAUGGCUUUCUUAUUGCAUAUUGCAUUCUUUGGUGUUUACAUGUUUUUCUAACUUCGAUAAAAUAUAUACAUGUACAGACAUUAAUGAAACAUGACAAUAUAAGUGCACCACAAACACACAGAUAUAGCAACUUAAAUUCCAUCUGCAAUUUUGUUUUCACGACACUUGUUGUAGAAACAAAUAUCACAUGAAUAGCCAUUUUAUUUUGUAGAGGUUGAAACUCAUUCAUCUGCU